AUGAUUAGUACUAGUUAUAUCAGUAGAAUUAUUAAUCUCUUGUUCUUCAUUAUUUCCUUAUUGCAUGCUGCUUCUGCUCUUACCUCUGAUGGCUUCACUCUCCUGUCACUCUUGGAAAGCUGGACCUUUGUAUCUCCUCUCAUCAACUCUACCUGGAGGGCUUCUGAUUCCAAUCCAUGCUCAUGGCUUGGUGUUCAAUGCGACCAUAACAACCAUGUGGUGUCCCUUAACCUCACUAGUCAUGGGAUUUUUGGUCAACUUGGACCACAAAUUGGAAACCUUUAUCACUUACAUAUCCUUUUGUUGUUGGAUAAUGGUUUCUCAGGAAAAGUGCCUUCUGAGUUAAGCAACUGUAGUUUUCUUGAGCAUUUAGACCUUUCUGGUAACAGAUUCAGUGGAAAUAUACCAUAUAGUUUUAAUCAGUUGCAAAAUUUACGGUUUUUGAGUUUGUCUUCCAAUCUGCUGACCGGUGAAAUUCCAGAUUCCUUGUUUGAAAUUCCUUCCCUGGAAGAAGUGAGUUUUCGGAGUAACUUUCUUACUGGCCGUAUCCCAACCAAUAUUGGAAACUUGACUCAACUAUUGAGAUUGUAUCUAUAUGGUAAUCAAUUGUCAGGGACUAUUCCUUCAUCCAUUGGUAAUUGCAGUAAAUUACAGGACCUUGAUUUGUCUUUCAAUCGUGUGAGAGGCGAAAUUCCGGUAAGUAUUUGGAGAAUUCAAACUCUGAGGAGGUUGUUUCUCAAUAAAAAUAAUUUCACCGGGUCUCUUCCUGAUUUUGAAAGCAAUCUGAACCUGAAUUACAUCGACAUGAGCAAGAACAAUAUCAGUGGAUCAGUUCCAUCAAGUUUGGGAAAUUGUACAAAUGUCGCAUACAUUAAUUUGUCAUGGAACAAGUUUGGAGGGCUCAUACCAUCAGAUCUUGGAAACCUUGUGAAUCUUGUGACUUUAAAUCUUGCUCACAAUAACUUAGAAGGUUCUUUGCCACUUCGGCUGUCAAAUUGUACUAAAAUGGAUCAUUUUGAUGUUGGACUCAAUUUCCUAAAUGGAUCGAUUCCGUCAAGUUUGAGAAGUUGGAGAGGCUUAACCAGAUUGAUUUUAAGAGAAAAUCAUUUCACAGGAGGUAUCCCACAGUUUUUGGCAGAAUUUAGCAAUCUUCGAGAGCUACAACUUGGUGGAAAUUGUUUUGGAGGCGAAAUUCCUCGAUCAAUGGGAACGUUGAGCAAUUUGUUCUACGGAUUGAAUCUGAGUGCUAAUGGAUUGACCGGUGGGAUUCCUGCAGAAAUCGGGAAGCUAAAACUGCUGCAAAAUCUGGACAUCUCUUUCAACAAUUUAACAGGAAGCAUAGAUGCUCUUGAAGGUCUUGUUUCAUUAACUGCAGUCAAUAUUUCUUACAAUCUCUUCAAUGGUUCUGUACCAACAGGGCUAAAUAUAGUAAUGAAGUUGCUGAAAUCCUCGCCGUCAUCAUUCAUGGGUAAUCCUCUCCUUUGUGUCAGUUGUUUGAGUUGCAUUAAUUCUAGUUAUGUGAAUCCGUGUGUCUACAAAUCAACUGAUCACAAAGGUAUCAGUAAUGUUAGAAUUGUGAUGAUAGCACUUGGAUCCUCAAUGUUGAUUUCUGCUGUACUGGUAAUGAUAAUUCGACGGUGUCUUCUUAGAAAGGAAUCAAAUAUGGAGUCUGAUCUAAAUCAAUGGUAUUAUAUUGAUAGAGGAGCUGGAAGGAUUGGAGUCGGAUAUGUUCACGAAUUCAACAUCUCAGGUAAAGAGCAGUCAUCGGCCCUUAAGAAUCUAGUGUUACAGGCUACGGAGAACCUUAGUGAUCAGUAUAUUAUCGGCAGAGGAGCACAUGGUAUCGUGUACAAAGCGAUAAUUGGUAACCAGGUUUUUGCUGUAAAGCAAUUUGAAUUCACAAGGAACAGGAGAAAACAGCUACAUAUGAUGUGCAAAGAAAUUGAAGUGCUUGGAAUGUAUAAGCAUCGAAACUUGAUCAAAUACGCAGACUACUGGAUUGGAGAGGAGUAUGGCUUAGUCUUGUAUAAAUUCAUGGAACACGGUAGCCUUCAUGAUAUCUUGCAUGAAAAGAAUCCUCCGCCACCGUUAACAUGGAAUGUCAGGUUUAACAUAGCUGUUGGAAUUGCUGAAGGAAUAGGAUAUCUGCAUAAUAAUUGUGAUCCACCCAUAGUGCACCGAGAUAUUAAACCGAAAAAUAUUCUUAUUGAUGAGAAUAUGGAGCCAAUUAUAGCUGAUUUUGGUACUGCCCUCUACAGGAAGUCGUCUGAAGAUUCUUAUAGUCAUUCGGAAACCAGGAAAAUGCUUUCGACGAAAGUUAUUGGUACCCCUGGCUAUAUUGCACCAGAGAACGCAUAUCAAGUAGUGCAGGGAAGAAAAUCUGAUGUAUACAGCUACGGCGUUGUUUUGCUUGAGCUAAUAACAAGAAAGAAAGUGUUAGUUCCCUCUUUGAAUGAUGAGAGAAAAGUGACCCCUUUAGUGAGUUGGGCUAGAAAAGUUUGGCUGGAAACAGGCAAAAUUGAGGAUAUUACUGAUUCAUACCUUGCGUGUUCAAUUCUGGAUUCAGCAGCACUGACCAAGCAAGUCACUACCAUGUUUUUAUUGGCAUUGCAAUGCACAGAGAAGGAUCUACGAAAGAGACCAAUCAUGAAAGAUGUUAUUGGCUUGUAUAGAAAGGACAUGUUUAAGCAGCGCGAUGAGGAGGAAUACGGUGAUGCGGUUGCAGCUGAUACAUCACUACAGCCAUGUAGUCCUAAUAUUCCCCCGAACAUUCCAGUUGUUAGAGUUGAGCACCAUCUACAUGAAGAAAGCAGUAGGGAUGCAGCUAAAAUACAAAGAGAAGUUCCAUUUAAUGCGGAGACUGAACCUAUGGGUUUUAACGACUUUGGCUUUUGGCCGGACACUGAUCAAUUUCAACCAGGAUUCUGUGUGGAAGAAAAUUGGAGUCUAAAAUCUACAAUUUAUAUAGAUGGGCUGUUAGUUGAACUGAUGGGAAAUGGUAAGAUAAUGACUGAAAAGGUUUUGGUGGUAGCUGCUCCGAGUGUUCCAAAAGUAACCUAUGUUUGGCCUAGCUUGAUAUUCAUCCCCUCUGUCGCUGGUCCAAUACUUACCAAACCUUUCAAUUGGUUUUUCCUGUUGCAUUGGGGCCAGUAUAUGCACUUUCAUAGAUCCUUGUAUUAUCAACCCAAAUCAUACUUCAUAAAUGCCAAUAAAAUCAAUGCCCUUCAGGACCUACUAUUGAAGGCUACAGAGAACCUAAAUGAUCAGUAUGUUAUUGGCAGAGGAGCACAUUGUAUUGUGUACAAAGUCAUACUUGGUAAACAAGUUUUUGCUUUGAAGAAGUUCGAAUUUGGAAGGAACAAGCAAAAGCACCAAAGUAUCGUCUGCAACGAAAUUGAAGUCCUUGGGAUAUUUAAGCACAGAAAUUUAAUCAAAUACACGGACUACUGGAUUGGAGGUCAUUAUGGUUUAGUCUUAUAUAAAUUCAUGGAAAAUGGAAGCCUUCAUGAUAUUUUGCAUGAGAAAAAACCCUCACCACCCUUAUUGUGGAGUGACCGGUUUAAGAUCGCUGUUGGAAUUGCUAAAGGACUAGCACAUCUGCAUUAUAACUAUAUCCCACCGAUAGUGCACGGAGACAUCAAACCGAAGAACAUACUUCUUGAUGAUAAUAUGGAGCCUAUUAUAGCUGGUUUUGGUACAUCCCUUCUAUGUGACCUGUCUGAGGAUUUUUAUGGUCAUUUUUCAUCGCAUGUUAUUGGCCCCCGAGGUUAUCUUGCACCAGAGAAUGCAUAUGAAGUAGCACAGUGCAGGAAGUCUGAUGUAUACAGCUACGGAGUUGUUUUGCUUGAGCUAAUAACCGGGAAGAAAGAGAUUGCUCCCUCUCUGAAUGAUGAGACAAAGUUGACCACUUUAGUUAGCUGGGCUAGAUCUGUAUGGCGGGAAAUAGGCAACAUCGAGAUGAUUGUUGAUUCAUACCUUGCUAGUUCAUUUCCCAAUUCAGCAACACUGACCAAGCAAGUCGCGCCAAUUUUCAUAUUGGCAUUGCAAUGCACUGAGACGGAUCUGCAAAAGAGACCGACGAUGAAAGAUAUUGUUGACUUUAAUGCAAAGCAUGAACCUCAAGAUAUUAGUGAUUUUCGGUUUUGGCAAGACUCAGAACAAUUUCCGCUGGGAGUUUAUGAUUGGGAUGAUUGGAAACUCAUGUUUAGACCUGUUGUUAGUAUUGAUGGACUCAUAAUUAAAGUAAUGGGAAAUUGUGAGACGGAGACUCAAACGGUUGUGGUAGUUGCUCUAAUUGUUCCAAAAAUAACUUACUCCCACCCUUGUUUGAUUUUCCUCCCCUCUAUCAUUGGGCCAACAGUUACAGAACUUUUCAAUUGGUUUUUCCUCUCACAGUGGAGUCAAUAUAUGCACCAACAGAAAUCGUUGUAUUAUCAAUCUAAAUCAUAUUUUAGAAAUGUCAAUCAAAUAAAGUCCCUUCAGGACCUAGUGUUGGUGGCUAGAGAGAAACUAAAAGAACAAUAUAGUGUUGGCAGAGGAGCACAUGGUGUUGUGUACAAUGCCAUACUUGGUGAAAAAGAAAGUGUUUGUUUCCUCUCUGAGUGA